UCCACCAAGUUUCUGUUGCUGAUAAUUAUAAAAUGAGUAUAUUUGUGCGAUUUCUGGAUUAAUUUCCUAAGUACAUUUGUAUAUGUACUACUAGUAUUUAUUCAUAAUAAUAUCUUGUAUCUGUGGGUCUGUAUCACCCCAGCAGUUAGAUCUCCCCGUCUAUAAGCGUGCUAUGGUAGCGGAGUCACUGCUGCUCCAGAUAAAUAUGUUUUACGUAUGAUCUAUUGAUUCCGCGUGUCUGGAGUUGUGGGGACAGUAAGGAUAGAAAGGAUUCUGUGAAUCAGGAGGGUAGAAAAACCGCGGUUGUAAAACCGACACAGCAUAAAUCUAACAAGAUGGUGCUGUGUCGCGUUCUCCUUCUAGACGGCAACGACUUCGAAACCGACAUCAAUAGGAAUGCAGAGGGAAGUGAAUUGUUUGAAGAAGUUUGUAAAAAGUUGAACAUAAGUGAAAAAGAAUAUUUUGGUCUGACAUACACCGGUGCUCAAGAUGUAAAGUAUUGGCUAAACCUUGAGAAGAAAAUUUCAAAGCAGGUGAAAAGUGGGACAUGGGUUUUUGAGUUCGCUGUCAAAUUUUAUCCCCCAGAGCCCUCCCACCUUCAUGAAGACAUAACAAGAUACCAGAUUUGUUUACAGAUCAGGGCAGAUAUUUACAAUGGAAAAUUACCCUGCUCGUUUAUGACCCACGCUAUCCUGGGGUCCUACACAGUACAAGCUGAGAUCGGGGAUUACGACCCCCAGGAGGAUGGACCUGAUGAUGAAUAUCUCAAAGCUUUCGAUUUCGCUCCACAGCAGACACCAGAGCUGUCACAAAAGAUACACGAACUACACAAAACACACAAGGGACAGACUCCUGAGGAGGCAGAAUUAAAUUUCCUGGAAAAUGCAAAGAAACUUGCCAUGUACGGUGUUGAUCUGCACAAAGCAAAGGAUUCCCAGAACCAGGUGGUUAUGUUGGGGGUGUGUUCUAGUGGGAUACAGCUCUACAGAGACAAACUCCGAAUUAACCGAUUCGUCUGGCCCAAAAUCAUCAAACUUACAUAUAAAAGAAACAACUUCUACAUCAAAAUCCGACCAUCUGAGGGGGAACAAGAAACAACAUUAUGUUUUAAAUUAGAUUCACAUAAAUUAGCCAAAAGAUUAUGGAAAACUUGUGUAGAACAUCACACCUUCUUCAGAUUAAAGGAGCCAGAGAACAACAGUACAGGGACCCUGAUUCCGCGAUUUAACUCGAGGUUCCGGUACUCGGGACGAACUCAGAAACAGAUCCGAGAACAGGAGGACUUGAUAGACCGUCCUAAGGUGAAGGUCGAGAGACGUGGCCUGGGGAACAGUUUCCGUAUGCCAAGGGACGCCGAGGGUCACAUCAUCAGGCAUAAUGCGGACGGUCAGAAUGAUGCCUACGACCGUACAGAUAAACUGGCCGGACACAUGGAUACAAUGUCCAGUGGUCCACCCCCUUACAGUUCAAUGGACCGUGGAGACAAAAGUCACAGGAAGCACGGGGAAACCCACCCCGAUCAUCCAGACACGACCGAAGACAGGCGGGAUAAAAUGCUGGGAAAUCAUGAUAAGACUGAGGGUGUGCCUGGGGAGGGCGGGGAUGCUGCAACGUUAGAAGGGGGUGGGGCGCUUCACGGGGGCAAGAAAUCCAAGGAGGACAAGGAGAGAGAGAAAAGAGAGAAAGAAGAAGAAAAACAGAGAAAGAAGGAGGAGGAACAGAGAAAGAAGGAAGAGGAGAAAGAACGGAAAAGACUGGAGAAAGAAAAGAAGAAACAUAAAGACCAUGCAGAGGACAGGACCGAUAAAAUGGGAGACCAUCAUGCUGUGGAGACGGCCAUCAAUGGAACCUCUGGUACAAUGGGACUAGAUUCGGAUGCUGUUGUACUUGGAAAGGAAGGCAAUAAUGAGAAUGCCCCGAAACCUGGAGGCGACGAAACUGCCCUUAAAACGGCCCCCAAAGAGGCAGAGGACCUUGAACAUGUUAAACAUGACAAGGCCCAUCAUGACAAGCUUAAGGAUAAGAAAGAACAUAAAAAGGGGGGAGGGUUGUUUGGCAUGUUAAAGAAAACGCCAUCGAAAGGGAAAGGCGACAAACACAAGUCCACGGAGACUGAAAUAAACAACAAGGACUCACCAACAGACAGAACCACAGACAAAUAUAACCAGGAAAUUAAAAGUGAGAAAAAAGACAUAAAACAAAAGUCUGGCCUUGUUCCUGAGGAGAAUAUAGAGGACGAGGUGUUCGCGGAGUCAGACUCUGUUAAACCCGUCAUCGAGUCGAACGCUAAGUUAGUGAGUGAAGUGAAGUGGAACGAGAGGAAGAGUUCCUCCUCUUCUUCCUCCAGUAGUGAUGAGGGAGAGGUGAUGCUGGAACACAGAAGGUCUAGAGUUAUAGAGGAAGAAGUCAUCACCCCAUCCUCUCCAACUCACGGUCAGGGCUCAAACACUAUUAUUGAGGAGGACAUCCCGAGUGCAGGGGAUUCUAGUAAACGUGAGGACAAGGCUUGUGUUAAGGAAGUGAAUGUCAAUGUGGUAGAAAACAACACUCAGUCUGCUACUCAAAAAGAGGAAACGCACAAUAAAGGAGAGCAGAGUUCUAAAGUAGAACUCAAAGAUGAGGUCAUAGUGAAGGAGAACAAGGUCGAGGUGAAUGUUGAAGUGAAGGAUAAACCAUCGUCAGAUAGCACUGUCACAGAGAUCUCUAAAACAGAAAUAAUAAGCUGUGUUGUUACUCCAGUAAACAGUGAUAAAUCAGGUGAGAAUAAGUCGGAGGAAAAGUCAAAGAGGACAGAGGAGGUAUGUAAGGAGGCUGAAUCGCCUCCCGAAGUAUGUGUGAUCCUCACGAAUGAGGAGGCAGGCAAUGAGGACACAGGUGACACCUCAAAGGCUGAGGAGAAAAAAACAGUGGACGUCAGUAAAGAGGAAAAGAAGAGACAGAAGGAGGAGGAAAAAAGGAAAAAGCAGGAGGAAAAGGAAAAGAAGAAACAGGAUCAAGCAGAGAAAAAAAGGAAGGAAAAGGAAGAAAAAGAGAGAAAGAAAAAGGAAAAAUUAGAAGCAAAGAGGAAGAAAAGUGCAAAAGAGAAAGUGGAAGAAAAACAGGAGAAUCAGACAAAGAGUGAGGCUGUUCCUUCUGAGGAGGAAGGGAAGGAAACAGAGACAAAAAAGGAGAUAGUGGAGGAAACAAAGACUGUGACAAAAACAGAGAGUGGCGAACACUCAAAAGACGUCAGUGUGAAAAUUAAGGUUUUACCAAAGAGUAAUACCGACACUAGUUUGUUAGGGCAGGAAGUGUAUGAUGAUAAAUCAAAAGACCAGGAGGACAAAACAAAGGAAAGAAAGAAAGAGGAAGGUGUGAAGGAAAAACAGGAGGAAAAAGAGGACCAGAAAAACAAAAAAUCAAAGAAGAAAAAAUCCCUUACCAAGAAAAAGUCAGACUCCAAGAAAAAGUCCACUACAGGGUGCUUUAGUUUUGUUAGACAUCACAAAUCGUCUGAUGAUGAGAAUGAGGCAGCAAGGAUAGAACUUCCCACAGAGCCGUGGCAGAAUGAACAAAAGGAAACUCAGGAACCGGAGGUGCCCCCGGAGGAACCAGAAGUGAAGACUCCUCCCAGACAGAAAGGAGGCGUGGGGAUGGGCUGGGCACUGCCCGGGAUGAAUGAGUUAAAGGACCGAAAAGCUAAGCAGGGUGGUCUGGGAUUGGACGGAACUCACCCGGACUACAGCGACAAGUCCAUAGACAGGAAAAUGCAGUUUAUUGCUGUCACCCCUCCCACCACCGAGGUGCGUGACCGCCAGAAGGGAGACCACCUGAUGCCUUUCUUUGAACCCGUGGGAUCCACAUCUGAUGGGGAAGGGGAGGGAACUCUAGGGAAGAAGAAGCCCCCGCCUGUGGCCCCUAAGAAGUACAGGAACAGCACAGACGAUAGCCUGUCAGACAUGCCCCCGACAGUGACCACAGAAAGAAUGAGGUAUGACCCCAACAUGGACGACCGGCCGAUUCCCACCACCAACGUCCCGAUUGUCAAAACACAGACCCGGACGGUGACCUACGAGAAGGACGGGGUGCCGCUGGAGAUUGAGGACGGGAUCCUCAUCAGCUCCCAGUCUCACUCCACCAGAACUCAGACCAUUGAGACCACUACAUACAAGACAGAGAGAGACGGUAAAACUGAAACCCGAGUGGAGAAAAAGGUUGUGAUUUCUCAGGAAGAAAACGGGGAUGAUAUUGACCACGACGCACUGCUAGCGGAGGCCAUUAAGUCGGUGACGGAGAUGAACCCUGACCUGUCCGUGGAGAGGAUUGAGUGUAUGAGGCAGAUGGAGGAAGUGGACGGAAGGUACUAGGUUAGAUUUCGGUGUUCGUUAACCUCUGUACAGGUAUAGCCAGUUAUCAGUGCCUAUUACGUCUCCAGUCCUCUCCUGCCUGCCUUUGCGUCUCCUUUUUUGCUUUUGAAGGAC